UCGAAGAAAACUAAUAAACAUGAGGGUUUCUACCAUCAUCAUUUUGGCUGUUUGCCUCUUCAGUGUUGCUUUCGCUAAUGCAAACGACGCCGAAGCUGAAAAAAGUAUUUUUUUCCUCAACUCGAAUGCGGCGGAAAGCAGCAACGUGGACUCUGCUGCUGCUGAAAGUGGGAAACCCAAGAACCCCAAGAAACCCUGGAUUCCCAAGAGACCCAAGCUCCCCAAACUUCCUGAUCUACCCAAAAUCCCUAAAUUACCUAAACUACCCAAGGACCCUAAAUUACCUAAACUACCCAAGGGCCCUAAAAAACCCAAUACACCUAAUGCUCCUUAGGGCUAAGAAAAAUCCCAAGAAUAAAACGGAAAUUUUAUAACAAAAACAGAUAUAUAUUGAAACGUGAGCCAAAAAUAAAUUAUAAAAUGUAAAUCAUAAAAUAAAUUAUAAUGUGUUUCGAA